GAGGAUGAGGUCCAUCCAUUUGCAUUCUAGGAGGUGGCUCAAGAGUCUUCUUGUCUAGCUGUCACGAGGGUGGCACUGGCGGUUGGCCUCAUUUACUCCUCCGGCCUCCGCUGGUGACUCAAUUAAAGGCUUCCCAACUGUCGCUGGCCUUCAUGGCUUCAUCCCAUCAUGCACUGCCUAUAUAAACCCCAGGUCUCCCCCUGCUUUUCUCCACAGCCAAAGUCCACCAAAAACUGUGUUCAAGAUGGCUAAGCUCUUCCUGCUACUGUUCCUUAUAAGUGCUCUCAUUUGUUCCACUAGUGGUAGGAAGCUAGCGAGCAAGGAGGCCUGGGAGGAGCAGAAGUGGUUUCACCACCAUGGCGGGCUCGGCGGCGGUGGUGGUGGCGGUUUUGGUGGAGGAGGUGGGCUUGGUGGUGGAGGAGGCCUGGGUGGGGGGGCUGGAGCUGGAUCUGGAGCUGGGUUUGGCGGUGGAGCUGGGUUGGGUCAUGGUGGUGGGCUUGGUGGAGGUGGUGGAGGAGGGUUUGGUGGAGGGGGUGGUGGUGGACUUGGAGGUGGGGCUGGUGAAGGUUUCGGAGGUGGAGCCGGCGCUGGAGGUGGGUCUGGGCUAGGUGGAGGUGGGGG